AUGCUGCUGCCACCUUUGUGUCAUCAGUCUGGGAUUUCAAUGGAGAAAAAUGAAAUGUUUGUUCCGUUGGAUGCAUCUGGACUUUUGUACGAGCAAUUGUUCGAGAAAGAGAAUGACAGUUUAUUCGGCUUGACGGACUUCAAUACAACCUUCGAUGCAGCUGAGAGCGUUCCGAGCUAUACUGUCUUUCAUGAUCCUGACGUAGAACUGCAGCUGGACCCAUUGCUGUCAUGUCAAUACUAUGAUGAAGCUUCCUACGAUGCCUUUGGACAGGACCUUCAGUUGGAUUCUAAUUUGGCAGCAUCACAUUUGACUCCGUUUUUACCUCAACAGAUGCAACUAAAAGACCGGCUUGAUAGUCAUCAAUCAUGUGACAUACUGUCACGUGAUUCAGUCAUAUUCGAUCAUGACAUUGCAAAAUUGCCAUCUCUGCCUCUAUUAGCUUCCACACUACAUCCACCUUCCCGAGAUUUGAUGAUGGACACAAGUCCAUAUUAUCAGUCUUUGGAGCUCGAGUCUCCUGUAGAUUCUGGAUCCAUCAACAGUUCUUUUUCAGAACUUCAAUAUGAUAGCAGGUCAUUUGUUGAACCUUUGCAAAUGCGCGCUCCACUCGUCGGAUAUCCAAAUGUGCAAAUAUUGUCGGCAGCUCAUACUACAGGUGAUAUGGAAUAUACAUAUGAUCCUCGAGUCUACAAUGUAUGGGGAAGCACUGAUCCUCGAAUCUACAUUGAGUAUUCAGAUAUGUGUGAACGAGGCCUUGUUAUGCCUACGUCCAUGAAUUGUAAUUAUAAAGAAGUCCCAGCAACUACGGCAUUCAAUAUUCAUGCUGCAUUUGCUCCCUCAACAUGUUCCAAUCGGGAACUUUGCCCCAUUCCAAUGUAUAGUGUAAUGCAGUCAGCUCCGCUACAAGUCUCUUCUAUCAGAACUCACGGGCAUGUUCAAGGUGAAAAUGGGAAGAUGAUUGCAGAAAUUCCUUUAUCAGAUCCGGUUCGAUCUUCGGUGGAGUACAAACAAAGUCUUAGAGGAUACUCAAAUGUCACACAUACCGAAACUUGGAAAGAUGAGGAGUGCGUGCCACCAUACCUCAUUAGAGGCAGUACACUUAUGGAUCGAUGUGGGAAACAAUCAAAAUUUGGAAAGAGAGGUCGGCUACUUGCUCGUAAAGAUGAAACCCUAUCUAUGAGUUCCAAGAAGGAAGAAAGCAUGACCGAUGUUCCCAAGACGGAAAAUGGAAAUUUGAAGACCCUUUCGGGCGCUCGUAAAAAACGAGCGCGCAAGACUGUGGAGAAAAAAUUGAAUGAAGCUAUAAUGAUCUUCAACAAUAUGGACCCUCAAGCUAAUGCAGAAGGUACUCCAACAGGCUCAGAAAGAGAAGAUAUUGCAUGGGAACAGUCUUCUGCGGAUGUGCGUAGAGAUUUCACGGCGAGCGACUUACAUCCUCCAAAGGGCCAUAUGGUUGGGGACAAUGCAGUCGAAAAGUUGGAAGAUGGCGUUGUUUGUGCUGAUGAUGACUGUCCAAAGGAAUCGCCUGCGGGUCAUGUGAAGGAUGAAAAACCUGCCUUUCUUCAUGAGAGGACCCUCAUGCAAAAUUCACCCGUGGACAAAUACUCAAUCCCUAAUUCUCAUAAUGCAUUGCGCGUUGCGGACUCCAUCGAAGGCAGCCGAUACACUUGUACAGAAGUCGAUGUCCUUGGAAGUGGAGGUUCCUCUACAAUUUACACGGGUUCCCAAGUUCACAGCAGGUUGACUGAGAUGGGCAAGGCAGAGCGCCCACGAGAGAACACUCCUACCUCUCGUCAAACUCCGGUCACUGUCACUGAUGCUGAAAGAUGCAAUACUGACAGUCCUGAAGAGAGCAUCAACGCUGACUCUCAUGAAAUUGCAAAGGUUGUCAUCGGCGCAGGCGACAGGAAGGAGGAAAACCACGGGAUUCUCCCACCAGAAGUUCAUACUUGUACUGAAGCUGAUUCCUCAGGUCAAUUUCCUUCCCUUGGUCCUGGUGAGAUAGAGGACGGUUUAUGUGCAACCACAUCCGGAGAAGCUAAUGCUGAAGUUCUUAACGAUCGAGAGAAAUCAAUUUCUCAUGCAGCAGUCAGCGUUGACAGUGCAUCUAACAAGAUAGUCGGGAUAGAUGAAAACCUUUGCGAUAUGUCUUUGUCCUCGCAUGCUGUGAAACAGGUUGAAUUCCAUAAUUCGUCACUAGAUUCUCACUUGACGUCCCUUGAUGAUGUCAAGCUAUCUUUCUCUGGUUCUGGAUCUGGCAUUACUAUCAAUUCCAGCCGAUACUCUAAUGAUAAAAAGUACCUGCCUGCUGGAAAAGAUUCGAAGAGUUCCGAUGAUGAUUGUAAGGCUGAAGGGGAAGCAAGCUACUCACGACAUGUUGAAUUGCUUGCAACCGAUCAUAUUUCUUCCUCUCAUGCAGCAGCAGCUGGAUCCUUUGAGAUAGAGGGAAAAGAGAAAGAAACCUGCGAGGAAGAUCCCUCAAUUGGGGAGCCUACACCAAAGUCCACACAUGUACCAGCAUUUACUUCAAGUUUCUUUACGCCCAUGAACAGGUCUUCUGUUUCCGACUGUCAUGCCGAGGCAGAUUAUGAAAAAUAUAAGACGGAUUUGACAUCUUGUCAUGGAAACAUUAAGAGCAUCGACGAAAGUAUAGGAAGAGACUUCGACAUUUCCAGGCGGAGCAUAUUUACAGUUCUCUCUGGUUGUAAUUCUGAUCUUGCGAUCAAAGUCAAAGUUGACAAUGAUCCCAAACUGGAACUUCAAGUUGAAUAUUCAGAAGCGCCAACACUUUCCUCCAUUUCCGAUGCCAAAAUGGAUUCCGAAGUGUCCGCCAGCAAAGAAGAAACCGAUAUUGCCUCAGAGCUCAACGGACUUCCAGAGACUGCUUCAAGUCAUGGGGACCUUUAUGGAACUACGAUUAUUUGUCCCGACAAUCGAGCAGCAGAAAAGAGGAAGGCGGAAAAUGAUGUUGAUACUUCGAAGAUUGCUGACAUUCGCCGCAAAGGAAAAGCUCAUGCCCAACGCCUUUAUUCAACAUCUGGGCAAGAGGAGGCUUCUAAACCGGAGAUCCUCAAUCCUUACCAACAAAAAAUUAUGGAUUUGCUAACGGACUUCAUAGAAUCGGGAUACGGAGCAGGAGUCAAAAUUGAUGAGACAUUGAAUGAACGUUAUGACGAGUCAGACGUCUAUGCGGAAUUGAAGGCGGGCACCGUCAUUGUUCCCAAUAUGAUGCCCAGCUGCGAAACAGGUAAGGGCCAGAAACGGAGAUGGAAGUCUCACGCAAGGCAAGGAAGAGUUCGCAGUAUGAUUGAAGCGGGAUGCUCGAAUGCUUCAACAUCAUCCCAACCACUCUCUAAAGUCUGCAAUACAGAUGUUCUCCGAGACCAGAAGAGCUUAUAUCGGACAACUCCUGAGAAGGUUCACAGAACUCGGUCAAGAUCUCGGUCUGGGUGGGGAGGUUUACGUAAAUUUUAAAAUCUGCGUGUAUUGUUGUCAGGGAUACGCCAAUUGUCUGAUGGCAACGAGCUCAAUCUGUGACAUUAGCCGAGGCUUGUUCACUUCACAUCUGCUCUGUGUAGAGCUAACGCGAAGUAAAAAAAUUUAUGUUCCGACUGUACAUAAUGCCAAACGAUGUACACAAUGAAAAUGCAACAUUCAGGGUAGAUCUCCCUAGCUCCAGAAUGUGUUGCAAACGUGAAUCUAGAUCUCGAUUCUAGCUAGCAUGUCUCCACGACUUCAUAGUUCUCAUGACGAGAGUCUCAACUCUAAUCGUGUAUUCUGAACGAUAUUCAAUAGUGUACUCUGUAUAUUAUCAACUCUAUCUUCAUGUCU